GCCACAGAGACAAUAACAGCACACUCACUAUCAACCCGUAUGGACUGACAGAGAGAAUAGGCCCUUUAGUCACUUCAGCCGCCGAUGAAAACAUAAUUCCUUCCUUCAGUCCCACACUGAGCUCAGAUAUUACUGAGCAAUGACUGAGGCAGAUCAAGCUAUGAGGAGACGAGUGGGAAAUCGUAAAAGCUGCUCAUGUUUCUGGCUCCAUAAAAAAAGAUUUGUUCAGCGCAUUGAGAUUGUGAUGGAUUUUCCCAUGUUGUCCUGGACAGCUCUUUUUGUUUAAGGCUUCUGAAAAUGGCUCAUUGUUUUGGCGGCGGUAGAGGCCCGUGGUGCAGGAGGCCCUGUGGAGAUGCCAGGCUGCGCAUUCACUCACCGGCAGCAGGCCGAAACGCAUGGAGCGCAGCUCACCUGCAUCAGGGGACUGAGGUGUUGAAAUGGAGUGGAUAUGUGUUCCCCUUCUGCUUUUCAGUGGGAUUCAUUUCGGUUUUACACAGUUCAGUGGAUUCAACUGUGAUCCAAACUACCACAGCAGAUUCCCUGGUGAGAGAGAUAUCAGCGUAUACUGUGGCAUUCAGACAAUCACACUAAAGAUUAACCUCUGUCCUGUGCUGUACUCUGGAUACACUGAUGCUGACUUGGCCCUGAACGGUCGUCAUGCAGAUGUCCAGUGCCGAGGCUUCAUAAACAACAACACCUUCCCCACGGCUGUGCUCUUCAGUAUCAGCCUGAGCACACUGGAGUCCUGUGGAAACACGCUGGAGGUUUCUACAUCUCAAAGCUUUAAUGCAUAUGGGAACAUCUCCAGGGUACAGAUGGGUAAUAUAUCGGGCUACAUUGACACCCCAGACCCUCCAACUGUUAUCAGCUACCUGCCAGGUCUGGUGUAUAAAUUCAGCUGCAGUUAUCCUCUGGAGUACCUGCUCAACAACAGCCAGCUGGCAGCCUCAUCUGCUACAAUAUCAGUGAAGGAAAAUAAUGGCACUUUCCUGAGCACUCUCAGUUUGGUGCUUUACAAUGACUCAACCUUCAGUCAGCUGAUCUCUAUACCAAUGUCCGGCCUGUCCUUGAAGACUCAUGUGUUUGCUGCAGUCAAGGCUACAAAUCUGGACAGGAGGUGGAAUGUUCUGAUGGAUCACUGUUACGCAACCCCCUCUGGGAACCCUAAUGAUGGGAUACGCUAUGACCUUUUCUUUGGGUGCUACAAGGAUCCACAGACCACUGUAUUCGAGAACGGGAAAAGUCAAAUGGGCCGCUUUGCGUUUGAGGUUUUCCGUUUUGUGAAACAUAAGAACCAGAAGAUGUCCACUGUGUUUCUGCACUGUAUCACAAAGCUGUGUAGAGCAGAUGACUGCACAAUACUAAUUCCGAUCUGUGGAAAACGCAGGAGGAGAGACACUGUGGAUGAACAUGUGGUAUCAGGUUCAUCCUCAGGGGAUGCCGUCAUUACCGCAGGGCCUAUAAUCACUAGGAGGGAUGAAUCUCCAGUCAACAAUUCACAACUUGUGAGCGGAUCCUCGCAGCAUCUGAAUGCUGUAACCAGUGCCUUGAUAUCAGGUGUGUCUGUGUUAGGUGUGACGUGCCUGGGCCUCUUCGUCCUCUUCCUCAGGCUGCUCAGGAAGCCCAGCCCUUCUGGUCUGACAGGGGUCUGGAACCCCAGCUUCAGAUGACCAUGACGUCCCAAUCCAGAGUGCCCUGAGAUACACCACAAAAUUGGCAUUGGGCGGCUUUGUCAAACAAGUUUUCUCAUUUGAAUUUAUAUUAAUCUGAUAGUCCCUUUUAAAAUACCUCAGUUUGUUACUGUCCGUUUCAGGGUCUGUGAUCCUUUAUGUCUUGAAGUGCAGAGCACAAAACAAAUGUAGAUUGUUCACAUAUAGAUGUCAGAUUAUUUGCUUGAUGAAUUAUUGUUGAUCUUUUGAACUGUGCAUGUAUGCGAUGUAUAUGUGCAAUGAGAUAAGCAAUGAAUAAACAUAAGAAAAAUGAAACCGAGGCGUUCCAAAUUAAAUGUUAGUUGACAGCAACUGAUUAGAUUGAAUACCACAAAUACCGCAUAAUAAACAGUGAUUUGUAAUGCAUUUUUGUUUAGCUUUACAAAUGUAGGGGCAUAUCACAAUUAUUUUUGAUUGGUAAUAAACAGCACGCCACAGAUGCUGUUAACCUGGACUAUUUUUUUUUAUUAUUUGCAUGAUAUAGUUUUAAAUAGUGACAUUAAAUUGAUAUGCUCUUAUCAUUUUUUAUUUUAUUAUUCAUUGUAAAUAUGUACAACCUGAUGUUUUUCCCAAACAGAUUUUGUCAGCUGCACAUAAUUGAAUGUUUUAUUAUAAAAAUGUAUCAAAAUCAAUGUCUCAUUUCACUAAUUUUAUCAUAUAUCUGCAUUUGUAUCAGUUUUAUAGAUCAUUUUCAACAUAUUUGUAUCUAAAUUCAAACUCUAACAAUCUUUUUGUUGACACAAAGCACCCGUUUAAAUCUGCAUCCUUUCUC